CAAAACAACUAUUUGCAUUUUCUCUUUCGGAAUUGAAACCCCCAGUUUCAAUCUUCAUCAUUUUUUAGAACCAACGAUUCGAAAUUUCCCAAACCCCAGCUUCGUGCACUAACACAGAGUCGUUUCCAAAUCGCCAUCCUAAAUCCCACUUCCAAAUUUGUUCCCAAAUUUGUUUGUUCUUCAAAUACCUGAGGAUUCCGAGUCCCCAAAUCGCGUUUGCAAAACGUGACUCCAAAAAGUUGGGGACUUGAACACUGUUCAACGUUGUUCGCUGCUGCGAGGCCAUUUAGCUUUGGUGGCAAGUUGACUCAAACGGGCAACGCAAGGAAAUCUCCACUAAUUGACCAUUACCAGGUUAGAAAACAAUUCCAACCCAUAAAAAACACCCUGGAGUUGUCACCCUCACCUUCCAUGAAGAGACUCGUAGAGAGGCCAGCGUUAUGGCUGCCACAGCGUUAUGCUGCCACAGCGUUAUGCUGCCACUGCUAGGUACACCGAUGCUGUGAGAGUUGCCACUGAUAGAGGCGCCAAGCAGCCGUGAGGUCUGUCCACGUAUUAUCCCUUACACUGGGAGGGAUUGCAUCGGGAGGCUGCUAGAGAAGCACAAUCGCAAGCUGUGUCCGCUUCUUCCUCGCUGUUGGGAGGAACUGCAUCGCAAGAAGCAUUCCACACGAGUUGCAAUUUGGAAUGGGAUUGUGAGUUUUAAGUGAAGUGAGAUUGGAGUGGGAUAAGAAGAACAUCCCUUGGCACAGGACAAACCAGGAAAAGAGAAGAACCUCAUGAGUGUUAUGCCAUCCAUAUGAUGGCACAACUUGGAAGCACUUUGAUCUUGUACAUCUAGAUUUUUCCAUGAAUAUCUGGGGUAUCUGCUUUGUAGGACUUCAGUUUCAGAGUUCUGUGUAAUGUCUGAAUCAGAAGCUCAGCUUCCUACUGCCUUUGUUGCUGAUGUUCUACUGUGGAAGAGGUGGCACAUUUCCUUGGGUGUCAUUGUUGUUGCUACAGUUGCCUGGAUCGUGUUUGAGUGGACCAAUUUACCAUUUUUAACAAUAUGUUCAGAUGUCUUACUGAUUUUGAUCGUACUGUUGUUUCUGCAUGCUAACUAUGCUGCCCUCAGAAAUAAACAACCACCAACAUUACCUGAACUAGUUGUGUCAGAGGAGAUGGUUAAUAAUGUGGCAGCUUCAUUUCGGGUCAAAAUCAACAAUGUUCUUCUUAUAGCCCAUGACAUCACUAUUGGCAAGGAUUUUAGAAUUUUUUUCAAGGUGGUUAUUUGUCUGUGGCUCUUGUCUGUCAUCGGCAGCGUCUUCUCCUUCUUUACCCUCGCAUAUAUUGGUAUGCUUUCAAUUUCUGAUGUUCCUAACAGACCAUCCUUUUUCAUUGAUGUAUAUAGUAAACACCGUAAUAUAUCAUUUUUGGAUUUUUAUCUUUUGUUUGGUUUUUGGUGGGUUGUGUUGAAGGUCAUUUGCAUCCAACUCCAUUCAAUGUACAUUGUUUCCAUUUACCCCAUUGGAUGUUUGCACAAACAUACAUUAUUAGGUGCUUUUGAACCUUUUUACCUGCAUAUCACUGUACACAUACAUUGGAUGUUGUAUAUUGAAGAGCCAUUUUAACAGCCAA